GGAAAAUGCUCAAGUUUACACGAGUGGCAUCAUUCAGAUUCGUAAUCAGCACCCUCGAAUUGACAAGAAAUCAUCAAAAAAUAUUGUAUAUAUAAAAAAACAAGGUUAUGCCUCUUCUAUAUCCUGGACUAAAGUUGUCAAAAUCGGAAAGACUUGCGCCAGACAACAAAAAUGACAUAAAAAGUGAAGUAUAGAGGGCGACAUUUUAAUGCACAUAAUUUGCCAAACGACGCUACCGCCUGAACGGAAAAUUGAUUAUGGCCACGAAUUUGCUUGGAGAUGGAGACCAUGAAGAUUUCAUGGACUUCCAAGAAGAGGAAUUAGCAGGAUCAAGUUCAAAUCUAGCAGACCGCAAGUUUGAUGCAAUCAUUGGUCAUGUUGAAGAUAUUAUUAUGGAGGAUGGCUUCCACAGUCUAAAAGAUGACUUCAUGGAGAAGCAUUAUGGUGUCUUUGAAGAUACAGAGGAGAACAAAUUUGAAUAUACAGACUUAUUUAAUCAAUAUACAAAACUGAUAGAGAAGUACAUUGAAGAACAGUUGACAGCUAGGAUACCUGCCUUCUGUAUGGAAGAGUUUCUAAAGCAAUUAACGAAAAGGAAAGACAACUUGGAAGGGGAAAUCUUUGAGAUCCUCUACACAUUCAGUGACUUCUUAGCAUUCAAAGAACUUAUGCUGGAUUACAAAGCAGAUAAGGAAGGUACAUGUAUUGACAUGGGUGAUGGCCUCAUAGUAACUCCAUUCACAAUCAACAACACCAAAACACCAUCAUCAUCAUUACCGUCAUCGGGGUCGGCAACGACGUCAACAUCGCAAGGAGGGUCUUCGGAAUCGAAAGGCUCAUCAUAACAUGUUCAGGUUUUUAGUCCAGUUGAAGUUAAGCAGUACCACUGUUACUUUAUAGUUCUAUCAUAGGUAUUCAGUACUUCUGUAAGUUGGAAAUUUUUGUGAUGGAGGGUGUUGUAGUGUGAGGAGCAUUGAGUAGAAAUGUAUUUAUUUGUUUGUUUGUACUUAUGCUGAAGAAUAGGGCUCCCUCUUCCAGAGCGUGGUUGAUUCAAUCAUUCUCAAAUAAUGAAAAAGCAAGCAGUGCUUUUUUUAAUGAAACAAUAAACCUUUCUACCAAUACAUCAGAAUCACAUAGAUAAAAGUGAUAUAUGUCCAUGUUGUUCACGGUCCUAACGUGGGGGUAUAUAUAUCAUGCUAUUUAGUGAAGGGAUGGGGGACAAGGUGUUAUUUCAGUUUUUAAAUGGCCAAAAUCAAAUUUUUUGCAUGAUUACAUUUAUGAUAUGAUUGAUAUCUAUGACACUAUUAUGAAUAGUAUAUGGAGUGUUAAAGUAGGAAGUGCUCUGAAAAACAUCUGUUUGUAGGUUCUAGCAUUUUUCAGAAAGAGAUUAAUGCAAGUAAUCUGUUUGCCUCAGAACAAACUAAAGUCAUAUACCGGUAAUGCAUGCAGCAAGAAUGUACUAAGUAAUUCAUUAUCCCAUGAUAUUUACAUCUACAUGUAGGUAUUAAGGCUGUUCAAUUCACCUUCAUUGCUUCAUUGGUAUUCACAGGAAAGGCAACUCAAUAUUGGUGUAGAGUAGAUGCACUGGUUUAGAACAAUUUAUUGUCCAUAUGUCACCUUGUAUACAUAAUUUAUAUGGCUUUCAAGGGAAAGGUUAAGGGGUAGUGUUACUCCAAAGAGAGUUCAGAUUAGAUGCAAAGUUUUAACUGUGGAACGGCCAGUCCGUGAAAGUGUAGUUUUCACUGUAUUUGGACUAUACAUGUACCAUACAGAUAUUUGUAUGUUAUAUAUGAUAAAGAUUACUUCAUAUUUUCUUCCUUGUGAUUUGUGGCAGAGUAAGGUACUGAUGGGCAUGUUUUAUUUGUAACCUGAUGGGUGUUGCAUAAAGCUGAUCGCAAGUUAUGAGCGACUAGGAACAACUGGUGACCCUCUCUUCAGAACUAAAUUAACACCAAUAGAAAUUGGUGCGGAUGAUUUACCAUAAGAAAGGCUCACCAGUCGUACAUGAAGUCACUCAUAACACAGGGUUCCCACAGUCAUGGAAAAUCCUGGAAAAAUUUGUGGUCAUGGGAAGUCAGGGAAAUUGGAAAAUGGAAUUGCAUUUACCUCUUGGCUAUGGCAGCUUUCCAGUUUGUCGUGUCUCGCAACUCUCAUACUCUGUGAUCAUACUCUGCUAGUAUAAUUGGUGUUCAUGAUUUCCAUUUUCCCCAGUUUUGUGACAUCCCAAAUUCUACAUAACUCCCGGAACGUCACAGGAAGUCAUGGAAAGCAGCAUUUUAGUCAUGGAAUUCUGUUUUCAAAUUUCUUCGGGAACCCUUAUAACAGCUUUAUGAAAUACUCAUCUGAUCGUUUAGCUAAAGUAAAAAAUAUAUAUUAUAUGCACAUUCAUUCACUAUUUUUGUUGUUGAAAAUACAUGUAUAUAUGAUAUGUGAUAGUGCCACAAAUACUGGAUACAAGUUCAUGAUUUAAUGAUCAUUGUACCCUUAAAAACAUCCAUACCUAUUACAGUGUUUGGUUUUUUUCUUCAUGACCUUCAUUUGUAGCACAAUAUACUAGCCUAAAUUGAGUAAAUUUAUUAAUGUUGCAUUGACUAUAAACAAUUUAGUGAUGAUAAUUGGGCACAUUUUCAUGUACCAGCCUCCUACCUUUUACCUUCUGUUCUGAUUGGACAAUAUUCUACAAUCUUACACCUUGAAAAAAGUAAUCAGUACUCCGUCCUUGAUUAACUUGACCUUGAUGAUUAUUUUUCUAUCUGUGGGUCAUUCUUUGAAAAAAGAUCUUUUGGUAUGUUUCUUUAUUACUCUGAAGGGAAGUAAAGUACAACCAUACUCAAUGAUAUUUAUUUAAUUUGUUUGUUAUUAUGACUAUUUUGUUUUUCAUUAGCACCCUUGGACUU